AUGGAAGAUUAUCAGCCAGCUUCUUUUACUGCCACACUUUCAGAUCCUCGAAAAGACCUCAUCGGGCUCAUAAUUAUCGUCGUUGGUAGUUUGAUUAAUCUGCUUCAUGUUUAUCAAACAAAAGAAGGAGAAAAAGCGAAAUAUCAUAUUUCAAUGGGUCCUCCAGGACGUGUAAAAUGGUCUCCCUUCUCGAUCAAUAGAGAGAUUCCUUGUGAUGUAAACCCGAAAGAAAUAGUUAUCAAAAUGUUUAUUACUUUCGUCCUUUCUCAAUUGACCCUACUCACGUUUGACUUGGCUAUAUUUGCUAUAACAAGCUUACUACUAAUUUUCACCUGGAAGCUAUUUGAACAAGCAUGCAAAAACAAGGACGACGACAAUCGUUUAGCUAAACAAAAGGAGAAAUUAAAAGCACAAAAGGCACAGGGCAAGCACGAAGAGAAGAAAAAACCAACGGAUUUAAAGAAAAGAAAGAAACAAAUGUGA